AUGGGAUCUUGCAAAAGUUGUGUCACUGAUACUGAAAGAGAAAUCAAAACUGAGAAAAGCCGACCUUCUGUAAAGGUUUUGAUCGACAACCACAGGUCGUUCCAAGACAAACGGUUGAACACCCACGUAGCCAAAUUUAACGUUAAAAAUAAAUCGUUGGUUAUUGCUUAUGAAAACUUGAAUACAUCGUACAACGAUUGCUGCAGGAACAUGGAAGGCGAUACUCAACGGAUUGAUAAAAUCAAAAACUUUGUAAGAUAUAUUGUAUUCUCUUUAAUACUAUUUGUGUUAAUAUUAUAAUAAAUAAAUACAUAUAGAAAAAUCUAGCUAUGAUACUAUUGUUUUCCAACUCUAUUUUUAUUAACAAUAUAAAAUAUUUUUUUUUUGUUCAAAAAUCACGUGUUCGGAAUAUUUAAUGCUAAAAUAUAAGAAGGGAAUGAAACUGAAAAAUUCGCAAAAGUGCAAGAUCACAAGCUUGUCUCGGAAAACUUUGAUUUUAAAACUGACACGCCCAAAAUAGACGAAACGGUGAACAAUAUGGGCAAACAUUUGUGGAAAAAUAUUAUGUUUUUGGUUAAUAUCAACCACGAUUAUUAUUGAUGUUUGAUGGUCAUUUUUGAUACGAAAAAAUUUAAUAAUCUCAUUAGUGUAAAAGAUUCGAUGUUGAAAUAAGGAGAGAGGGCUGAAUUCGUCAGGUCCAAACUAAUUGCCUACUGCCAGAUUAAUUUGGGAAAAAUUGACCAUGUUUUGGAUAAUCAAUUAAGUGUGCUUCAAAGCGAGUUGACAGAAGUCAAAAAAGUAAAAAGAACUCUAAACACAAGAACACGUCACUGA